AGAGCCGGGCCGCAGACUCAGCUCCCAGGGCUCACCCACCGCCUGCGGGGAAGGUGCCCGGCGGCGCCGCGUCGGGUCCGCUCUGCGCUGCCCCCUCCUCGGACUCUGCGCCUGGCUGCCGGACGCCGUGGGUCCCAAAGGAAGCAACCGCGGCAAGAGUGAACUCCGCACCUGGAAAAUCGAUACGCUGUGCGCAAAGGCCAGCCAAUGGCCUCCAACGGGCGGCGGGCUUUGGGCCGGGAACGGGGGCGCAGGCGCCCAGGCGGGGGCUUCUAGUGGGGGAGGUGGCCGAGGGAGGGAGCGACGGCUGUCAAUCACAGGCCACGCCCUCCUCAGCCCAACCCCACUGCUGUCCCGCCCACGGGGGCGGGAGCCGUGUGCGCCACGCCGAACGAUAGUCUACGCCUCGGCAUAUUCUAUUGGCUGGAAGGCCGUGGGACGCGGCUACCAGUAACCAAUAGUAACGCACAAUUGGCCCGUGGGGGCGGGGCGAGCACGGCUUGCUUUCUCAGGAGCCAAUAGGGAAAAGGAAAGUGAAGCGUUUCCUGAGUUCGGGGGUCGGCAGAAGAUGGCGGCCGGCGAAAGGAGCUGGUGCCUGUGCAAGUUGUUGAGGUUUUUUUAUUCAUUAUUCUUCCCUGGGCUCAUUGUAUGUGGAACUUUAUGUGUGUGUUUGGUCAUUGUCCUUUGGGGAAUCAGACUGCUGCUACAGAGAAAGAAAAAAUUAGUGUCAACUAGCAAAAAUGGGAAAAAUCAAAUGGUGAUUGCAUUUUUUCAUCCAUACUGCAAUGCUGGUGGAGGAGGAGAAAGAGUUUUAUGGUGUGCUUUAAGAGCCCUGCAGAAAAAGUAUCCUGAAGCAGUUUAUGUUGUUUAUACCGGCGAUGUUAAUGUCAACGGUCAACAGAUACUAGAAGGUGCUUUCAGAAGAUUUAACAUCAGAUUAAUUCACCCAGUGCAGUUUGUUUUUUUAAGAAAACGCUAUCUUGUGGAAGAUUCACUGUAUCCUCACUUCACACUGCUGGGCCAAAGUCUAGGAUCCAUUUUUCUUGGCUGGGAAGCUCUAAUGCAGUGUGUUCCUGAUGUUUACAUUGAUUCAAUGGGAUACGCUUUUACGCUUCCUCUGUUUAAGUAUAUAGGGGGUUGCCAAGUUGGAAGCUAUGUUCAUUAUCCUACUAUCAGCACCGACAUGCUCUCUGUAGUGAAGAAUCAAAAUAUUGGAUUUAAUAAUGCAGCCUUCAUUACCAGGAAUCCUUUUCUCAGCAAAGUAAAGCUCAUCUACUACUAUUUAUUUGCUUUUAUUUAUGGACUUGUUGGUUCUUGCAGUGAUGUAGUCAUGGUCAAUUCUUCUUGGACACUAAACCAUAUUCUCUCACUAUGGAAAGUUGGGAAUUGCACUAACAUUGUUUAUCCACCUUGUGAUGUGCAGACAUUUCUGGACAUUCCCUUACAUGAGAAAAAGAUGACCCCAGGACAUUUGCUGGUUUCUGUUGGCCAGUUUAGGCCAGAAAAGAAUCAUCCAUUGCAGAUCAGAGCCUUUGCUAAAUUGCUGAAUAAGAAGAUGGUUGAGUCACCUCCUUCGCUUAAACUUGUCCUCAUUGGAGGUUGUCGUAACAAAGAUGAUGAACUUAGGGUAAACCAACUGAGAAGGCUGUCUGAGGAUUUAGGAGUUCAAGAAUAUGUGGAAUUUAAAAUAAACAUUCCAUUUGAUGAAUUAAAGAAUUAUUUGUCUGAAGCAACAAUUGGUCUGCAUACCAUGUGGAACGAGCAUUUUGGGAUUGGAGUUGUGGAGUGUAUGGCAGCUGGCACAAUUAUCCUUGCACACAAUUCGGGGGGCCCAAAGCUUGACAUUGUGGUUCCUCACGAAGGAGAUAUAACUGGCUUUCUGGCUGAGAGUGAAGAAGACUAUGCUGAAACUAUCGCUCACAUUCUUUCCAUGUCUGCAGAAAAGAGACUCCAAAUCAGAAAAAGUGCUCGUGCAUCUGUAAGCAGAUUCUCUGAUCAGGAAUUUGAAGUGACAUUCCUAUCAUCUGUGGAAAAGUUAUUUAAGUAAUGCCAUAUCUGUAAAAUUAAAGAUAUUUUAUAUAAACUGGUUAAACACCUUCAUAUGUAAAUAUUUUUCUAAAUUCAAUCUCAUUUGUCAAAUCAUUUUACUUUAGAAAACAGACAAAAUUUCCUUUUAGAAUAAAAGGAAGUGUUGAAAAGAAAAUGGAUGACUAGCCUUCGGCUUCCAUUCUUGGUAUACAUGAGAGAGGCUGGCUGCUGAGAUGAAUGUAAACCAGGUUGCAGAGAAUCUGGCUUUGAGCCACCAGGAAGAACUAGUGGAUUUGCCAAAAAACUACCCCUUGAGUGAGAAUGAAGAUGAGGGGGACAGUGAUGGAGAGAGAAAGCAUCAAAAGCUUCUGGAAGCAAUCAGUUCCCUUGAUGGAAAGAAUAGGCGGAAAUUGGCUGAGAGGUCUGAGGCUAGUCUGAAAGUGUCAGAGUUCAGUGUCAGUUCUGAAGGAUCAGGAGAAAAGCUGGUCCUUGCAGAUCUGCUUGAGCCCAUUAAAACUUCAUCUUCUUUGGCCACUGUAAAAAAGCAACUGAAUAGAGUCAAAUCAAAGAAGGUGGUGGAGUUACCUCUUAACAAAGAAAAAAUUGAACAGAUCCACAGAGAAGUAGCAUUCAGCAAAACCUCACAGGUCCUCUCCAAAUGGGACCCUAUCAUCCUGAAGAACCAGCAGGCAGAGCAGCUGGUUUUUCCCCUGGGGAAGGAGCAGCCAGCCAUUGCUCCCAUUGAACAUGCGCUCAGUGGCUGGAAGGCAAGAACUCCCCUGGAGCAGGAAAUUUUUAACCUCCUCCAUAAGAACAAGCAGCCAGUGACAGAUCCUUUACUGACUCCCAUGGAAAAGGCCUCUCUCCAAGCCAUGAGCCUGGAAGAGGCAAAGAUGCACCGAGCAGAGCUUCAGAGGGCUCGGGCUCUGCAGUCCUACUAUGAGGCCAAGGCUCGAAAAGAGAAGAAAAUCAAAAGUAAAAAGUAUCACAGAGUCGUGAAGAAAGGAAAGGCCAAGAAAGCCUUAAAAGAGUUUGAGCAGCUACAGAAGGUUAAUCCAACUGUGGCAUUGGAAGAAAUGGAAAAAAUUGAAAAUGCCAGAAUGAUGGAAAGAAUGAGCCUUAAGCACCAAAACAGUGGGAAAUGGGCCAAGUCAAAGGCAAUUAUGGCCAAAUAUGACCUGGAGGCUCGCCAAGCUAUGCAGGAACAGUUGGCCAAGAACAAAGAACUGACACAGAAACUCCAGGUAGCCUCUGAGAGUGAGGAAGAGGAGGGAGGCACAGAAGUGGAAGAACUCCUUGUCCCUCAUGUAGUGAAUGAAGUGCAGAUGAAUGUGGACGGACCGAAUCCCUGGAUGUUCAGGAGCUGCACCAGUGACACCAAAGAGGCUGCAACACAGGAGGACCCUGAGCAACUGCCAGAGCUUGCAGCUCAUGAGGUUUCUGCAAGUGGGGCAGAAGAAAGACCAGUGGCAGAGGAAGAAAUUUUGUUGAGAGAAUUUGAGGAGAGGCAAUCCCUUAGAAAAAGAUCUGAGCUCAACCAGGAUGCUGAGCCAGCAAGCAGUCAAGAAACAAAAGAUUCUAGCAGCCAGGAGGUGCUGUCCGAAUUGAGGGCACUAUCUCAGAAAUUGAAGGAAAAACAUCAGUCCAGGAAGCAAAAAGCAAGUUCAGAGGGGACUGUUCCCCAGGUCCAGAGAGAGGAACCUGCCCCAGAAGAAGCGGAACCCCUAUUGCUACAGAGGUCAGAAAGAGUACAAACUCUGGAAGAGCUAGAAGAGCUGGGAAAAGAAGAUUGUUUUCAAAAUAAGGAGCUUCCCAGACCUUUGUUAGAAGGACAGCAGUCAGAGAGGACCCCAAAUAAUCGGCCUGAUGCCCCUAAGGAGAAGAAAGAGAAGGAGCAACUGAUCAACCUACAGAACUUCCUAACCACACAGUCUCCUUCCGUGAGGUCUUUGGCAGUUCCCACAAUAAUAGAGGAGCUGGAAGAUGAAGAGGAGAGAGACCAAAGGCAGAUGAUAAAGGAAGCUUUUGCUGGGGAUGAUGUCAUCAGAGAUUUCUUGAAAGAGAAGAGGGAAGCUGUGGAGGCAAGUAAGCCAAAGGACGUGGACCUGACACUACCUGGCUGGGGCGAGUGGGGUGGUGUGGGCCUAAAGCCCAGUGCCAAGAAAAGACGCCAGUUUCUCAUUAAAGCCCCUGAGGGUCCUCCAAGAAAAGAUAAGAAUUUGCCAAAUGUGAUUAUCAGUGAGAAGCGCAACAUCCACGCAGCAGCUCAUCAGGUACAAGUGCUUCCAUAUCCAUUUACCCACCAUCGGCAAUUUGAAAGGACCAUCCAGACCCCUAUAGGAUCCACAUGGAACACCCAGAGGGCUUUCCAAAAGCUGACUACUCCCAAGGUCGUCACCAAGCCAGGCCAUAUCAUUAAGCCCAUAAAAGCAGAGGAUGUGGGCUACCAGUCUUCCUCAAGGUCAGACCUGCCUGUCAUACAGAGGAAUCCAAAACGAAUCACCACACGUCACAAUAAAGAAGAAAAACUGUAGGUUGUGUAGCUGGAGAAGUGACAGUCAGGGGCCCUGAUUCCACUUCCUUUGGUCCAGUUUUACUCUGCUACAGGGUGGAUUCCAAAACUGGCUCAGCACAUUGCAUGUAGUUGAGCCACAUUUUUUAAAAAAAGAAAAUGGAUGACCAUUAAUUGACUAGCAUUUUAGAAUUGAUCAGACAUUAGAACACAGAAAAAUUCUGGUACAUUUAAAUUCUAAACAAUACAGUGGAUGACCCUUUUGAAUAUACCUAAUGAUUUCCUUAAAAAAGAAAUUUUAAACAGACUUGUUUAAUCGUGUUCUCAAAGCAUACAGUCAAGAGGUGGGACUGACUGAUGCUUUAUAGGUGUGUGUAGGGUGGUAGAGGCCAAGGUGCUGCCAGCAAUCCUUUCCAUACUAGGUACUGGUGAAAAUUGUUUUUGUUUAUGCUGUCAGCACAUUUGUGUGGGUCUCUCAUUGUCCCUUAACAGUGCCGCAUCUCAGCCUGGAAGUCAGCUUUAAGUCAUUCAAGAGAACCUCAGGUUGUUUUUCUGACAGUGAUGAUAUGAUAUACAGAUACAUCCACAGGGUAUCUAUUACCAGCAUAAUGCAUUGUAAGAUGGCAAGGUGGCAUUUUGAAAGAGCGCUGGGCAAGCAGUUAGCACAUCUGGGCCUACCUUCAGCUUCUUCAUUUACAAACUUCUGACCUUUUGACACUAAAGCUGCUCCUUUAUCUUUCUGAGUCUCAGAUUCUUCAUCUGUAAUCUGGAGUUGUUAAUUCCAGUCCUUACUACCUUUUAGAGUUGGAAUGAGAUGGAAAGUAGAUGAAACUACUUUGAAAAUUACGACAGUUAAGGGCUGGGUGCAGUGUCUCACGCCUGUAAUCCCAGCACUUUGGGAGGCCGAGGUGGGUGGAUCAUGAGGUCAGCAGUUGAGACCAGCCUGAACAACAUGGUGAAACCCUGUCUGUACUAAAAAUACAAAAAAAUUAGCUGGGCCUGGUGGCAGGCACCUGUAGUCCCAGCUACUUGGGAGACAGGCAGGAGAAUUGCUUCAAACUGGAAGGCAGAGGUUGCAGUGAGCCAAGAUUGUGCCACUGCACUCUAGCCUGGGCAAUAAGCAAAACUCCAUCUCAAAAGAAAAAAAAAGAAAAAAAGGAAAAAGAAAAUUAUGAGAGUUACUUAAAGGUAACAUUACAUACUAAAUGUCUUCUAUAAUCCUAUAUUUAUUAAUGCAUUACAACUCUGUAGAUUGUUAGUUACUAGGCCAGUAGCUAGGAAUUGGUAUAAAUUUAAUGCACCUUCUAUCCUGAAUAACUAGCAUGGAAAAGUGAAUAUAUGUGUGAGCAGAUACGGCUAUAAAGACCUAUAGCUUUUGCACUUAAUGCAUAUAUAAUCAAUCCUUUCUAGUUCAGUGAAUUGACCCCAUCCACAGGCUGAUUCAUCUUUGUGUUAAGGGGCAAAUGAAACGGUAUAUUAUUUCUUUGCAGUCUCCUCUCAGUCAUUCAUCAAUGUGGCCAGCUUAUCUACUCCCAAUUAUGUUGUUGAUACAUCUCCAAGCCAUCUGUCAUCAGAUCAAAAAGCAGCAAACAGAGGGUCAGUCACAGGAUGUUCUGACACACCAUUGUAACUAACUUUUUGUUAGAGAUGAUCCCAUUUAGAAAAAGACUGGUAGAAAUUGGAGUGAAAGGAACCCUACAGAUUAGCCCAGUUCUCUCUUAUUUUCAGCUUUACAGACAAGAACAAUUUAAAUCUAAAGAAUUUAGUAGAUUCCUUCAGUGUCACAAAGCUGUUUCAUGAAAGAAUCAAGAUUAUAACCUGGAUAUUCUGACUCCUGGCCCAGUGCUUUUUCUUACUUUGUAGCUACACUUUGAAGUAAGAUUCAAACUGUUAUCCACUCAAUUGCCUUAUUCCUGAGGAUGUAGUGAAGGAAGAAAAAGUUUUCUGGAAUUCCGUAAACUAUAUUUUAAGCUUAUUUCUUCAAAAUUAUUUUCAUAUAUCACAGAUAUAUCAUUGGAAGUUAUAAUUUGCAUAUAUGUUCAUUAUCAGUGUUCCUAAUUUGGUAUUACAUGUAUUCUAUUUUUUUCUGAAUGAUAGCAUGAAAAGUGUCAAAGUGGUUUGUCCGCUAGCGUCUGUCUGCAGAACUUUCAGGAUGACUAUUAAUUCCUCUCAGAUGUCAUUUUUGAGUGGUCCAAGCCUGCUGUUUUGAACCCACAGCAGUGGAGAUUUGUAUUCUUAUUUACAGUUGUGUACUAUAAAGUGUGUGUUACAUAGGUUUUGUGUAAUAAUUAUUUGUAAAUAUUAUUUAGAUUUGUAUUUAGACAUGAUUUAUAUCUAAUAUAGAUACAAAGUCUGUGUCUAAAUAUUAUUUAAAGAAGUGAUUUUUCAUUCUCUUGGAUUCUUUCCAGUGUGGUGCCUUUUAUAUGCCUCACAUAGUCUCCUUGUUCUCCUACUACUAUUCCCGAGCUCCAUAUGCCAAUUAAAGAAGAAACAAAAAUAAAA